CUUCGCAAAAUCUCCUUCCCAGAUCAUUUCCCGUCUUCCAAGGAAUCCAUCCUGAAGCCAGACCAGCUGCCUGUAGUGCGAAGACUUCUCUUUCUCCUUUCCUCUGUUUCCCAUCCUGAGGAAGGAGGAAGGCAGGCCAGUCCCUGUAGAUAAAAAGGCCUCAGCCCCAGGAUCAGCCCAGGCCCCAGUCGUGUUUCUUGAGGCACUGAAUUCUGGAACCCUUCCUGGGGAGGAGGGGGGGGGGGCUGCAGUCAAGAUUGGGGCCUCUGGAGGCAGUGGGGAAAGGUCUUCUCCUAAGGCUUGUUGGAGCCACUGACCCACUCCACUCCCAGCCUCUCCAGCAGGUGUCACUAGUUAAAGGCAUCUGCUGAAAGAUUUGGAACAGAAGAAGGUGACUACUCCAAACCAGACCAACAGUAAUACAGAGUCACCAGCAGCCCUGGAGGAGGCCAAGACCUCUAGUGCUCCUGGGAGCCCCAAAACAUCCCCUGAGCCUCAUGACUCUGGAGGUUCUUUGCCCCUGACACCCCAGAUGGAGAGCCACUCAGAGGAGGAAGAUCCUCCUGGGGCCGGUAGUGGCCUGGCCUGGAGCGGUCGGGGCCCCCGGACCCAGAGCCCAGGGCGCUGCUCAGUGGAGGCUGUACUGGCCCGAAAGAAGCACCGCCGGCGAUCGUCAAAGCUUUCAAAGCGCAAGCGGCCCUGGCGGCCCUACCUGGAGCUGAGCUGGGCCGAGAAGCAGCAGCGGGAUGAGAGGCAGAGCCAGAGGGCCUCCCGGGUCCGAGAGGAGAUGUUCGCCAAAGGCCAGCCCGUGGCACCCUACAACACCACCCAGUUCCUGAUGAAUGACCGAGACCCCGAGGAGCCCAACCUGGAUGUGCCCCAAGGGGCCUCCCACCCAGGCUCCAGUGGGGAAAGUGAGGCAGGGGAUGGCGAUGGGCAGGGCCGAGCACACGGGGAGUUCCAGCAGAGGGAUUUCUCAGAGGCCUACGAGCGCUAUCACACCGAGAGCCUGCAGGCCCGCAGCAAGCAGGAGCUGGUGCGGGACUAUCUUGAUCUGGAGAGGCGGCUGUCACAGGCCGAAGAGGAGACAAAGAGGCUGCAGCAGCUGCAGGGGUGCACCAGCGGGCAGCCCUGUCGCCAGGUGGAGGAGCUGGCUGCCGAGGUCGAGAGGCUCCGGACGGAGAACCAGCGGCUUCGGCAGGAAAAUGAGAUGUGGAACCAAGAGGGCGGCUGCCGCAGUGGGGAGCCAGGCACCUAGAGGUGCCCCGCCCCCGGCCCGGCCAGGGUGAACCAAAGAGAAGGUUCGUACACACUCAGGCCAGCUGCGUCUCAGGGAGGCAGGUCUCAGCACUCCUGCACCCCCCACCCCACCCCGAGAACAACUAAAAUAGGUUCAGGCUUCCACCUUGUCACUUCCACAAUUUGUUCUCUGAUGUCAUCUUAUUUUUCACAAAGAAAUUAAAUGAUUUUGGUGAGAUGAAA